CAGCUGGUGACGAGGAAACGUCCGUGGAUCAGAAUCUAAGCCUAAGGCAUCACAAUUAGCCACCAAAAAUGGCCAAGGUGUUGAUCAGUGUUCUGCUCAUGGGGAGCGCAUUGGUGCUCUUCACUGAUGCCUCUGGCCAUCAGUGGAAUUCUCCAAAGCAAGGAUAUUAUAGGCAUGAAUCUGUCCAUGCGAACACUGAGGACCUUCGUUGCCCAGUGGGCAUGUACCUAUCAGUACCCCCUAUGUCCUACCUUCCAGAAGGACCAGGUAGCCAGAAAACUCUUUCCGAAGCAAAGGGCAUUUGCCAAGCGCUACACAUGACUUUACCACCAAGGAGUGCUGCUCACUGCUUGUGGGACUUUGCCUUCCACAGCACUGUUGGAAAUAUUGAUAUUGGCUAUGAAGGUGUGUGGACAGACCACUGGAAAAGCACGUCUCAUGAUGCUAAUUACAAAGUAAAGUUAAGGGGUGGUGGUGAUGUGGAUCGUGAACGUGGAAGUGUAAUCUGCUAUGGUGAGUAA